CUGGGACAGCCCACUGGAAAGCUUCAAUACAGCUGUGGAAAUCUGCACCCUAGAAGAGUCUAGUGUAGAAAUUCUCCAACCAACCAUAAUCAUGGAAGAGCCAACUUCAAGCACCAAAGAGAAUAAAAUGAAAAGCCCCUGUGAAUCCAACAACAGAAAAGUUGACAAGAAGAAGAAGCAUCUGGACAGAGCCUCAGCCCCUGAACAGAGUUUGAAAGAGACAGUAAAAGCAAAAUAUCCAACAUUAGUGUUUUACUACAGGAAGAAUAAGAAAAGAAAUUCAAAUCAACUGGAGAAUAAAGAGCCCACCGAGAACUCCACUGAUCCGAUCAAAGAGAAAGGAGACCUAAACAUAUCUGCAGGAUCUCCACAGGAGGGUGGGGAGAAUUAGUCCAACAUAGAGAAACCAAAUUGGACAAAUCAUUGUCACUGAUGGCAAUGAUUACAAUAAAAUCAGUUUG